AUCCAUCAACAUCAUUAACACCAAGAAAACUUCCUUUUGUCCAUUCAAUUUUUCCUCUACUUUCUCACUUCCUUUUUUCUCUCUCUCAUCCACAAACCUAAAUCCUAAAACCCUCUUUUAUUUUCUCUCUCCUCCAUUAAUGGCGUCUCCGAUUUCUCCUCCGACGCCCUUCACUUCGCCUACAAUUUUCUCCGAUUCUAAUCUCAACUUCCAUAGUUGUGCUACCUUCUCCUUCAAUUCUCCAUUUCUCAGAAAACCUAAUUUAAUCCCCUCAAUUUCCAUUUCUAAACCUCAGAAUUCCUCUUUCUGUUGUUGUCGCAGUAGUUCAUCCGAUUCUCCUUCGCCGUCGCCUUCGUCGUCGUUGCAGCAAUUUCUCGUUGCUGCUGCUCAGGCGGUUGAGGAUUUCGUCAAUUCGCGGUUUUCGCCGAAGAAGGAUGAAGUGGUGGUUAGGGAGAAGAAAUCGGAGGAAAGUGGUAAUUUGGAGGUUGAUGUUAAUGGUUGGGAUUGGGAACGCUGGUCAUUGCAUUUUAAGGAGGUUGAAGAACAAGAACGUUUGAUUAAUCUACUCAAGUCUCAACUUAGACAUGCCAUUGAGAAAGAGGAUUAUGAGGCUGCUGCAAGACUCAAGGUAGCCAUUGCAGCUGCUGGGACAAAAGAUGCUGUUGGAAGCGUGAUGUGUUAUUUAAAGAAUGCCAUUGAGGAGGAGCGCUACCAAGAUGCUGUAUUUGUACGAGAUAAUGCUGGUGCUGGACUAGUUGGCUGGUGGGCUGGCGUUUCCGAUGAUAGAAAUGAUCCCCAUGGCUGUAUAAUUCGUAUAAGUGCAGAGCAUGGUAGAUAUGUGGCAAGAAGCUAUAGUCCUAGGCAGCUAGCUACAUCAACUGCUGGUGCUCCCUUGUUUGAGAUCUAUGUAACACUGAACAAGGAAGGUGACUACAGACAACAGGCUGUAUACUUGAAGAGAAAAGCAGUUCCUGAAACUUUUCCAUCAGUGUUCCCAAAGUCGCCUGCUGCCCCAGGCAGUAUGAAAAUGAGUCCUGGAGGGGGGAAAACUGAUAUUUUUACUCCUGUGCUUGAAGAUACUGAUGAUGAUGAUGAAGAUAAAGAUGAUCCAGAGUUAGCUGAUGGACUAUCAGGAUUCCAAAAUUUAUUACAAGAUAUGAUCCCUGGUGUAAGAGUCAAAGUCUUGAAAGUAACUGCACCAGGAAAAGUAGAUCGAGAUCUGAUAUCUAAGGUGGUUGAGCAGAUAAUAGAGGAAGAAGAUGAAGAUCAGGAUAUUGAGGCUGAGUUGAACAGUAUAGACACAGAAGAUACAGAUGACGAUAUUCCUGGAGAAAGUGAUGAAGAAAAGGAUGAUAAUGAAGAUGAUCCUACUAGCAGUGACCUAGAUAAGGAAGAGCAAAGUGAAAUUGCUGUCAAUGUAGUAGUUAGUGGUCUUGUGGAGAACCUAUCCAGCACAACAUCUUCUAAAGAUCUUGUUCGUGUUCCAGCAAAACUCAAGUCAAAGGGACACAAAUCUUUUUCUUUCUGUAUACAGGAUGAUAAAAGUAAGCCAGAAUCUGUUACAAAAGGUCAGACUUCGUCUAAAAGAAAGGCAAAUGCUAAAGGCCGGCGCAGUAUCGACCAUGUAAUGUCUGACCUUGUCAAUUCUAUAAGCCGAGGAGAAAAAAUACCUGUAAAGGUACUUAAGGAUGUGGGAGAUUUGAUUAGUCUCACUCUGAACCAAGUUCAGAAUCGCCAGCCUUUGUCUGGAUCUACGACAUUCAAUCGCAUUGAUUUACCAUCGUAUCCAGAUCCCCUAAAUGGACUUUAUAUUGGAUCCCAUGGACCAUACACCUCAGAAGUCAUCCAGUUAAAACGCAAAUUUGGCCAAUGGAAAGAGGAUGGUGGGAGCAAGGGGCCUUCAAAUCUCCAAUUCUAUGAAUACGUUGAGGCUGUAAAGCUUACAGGAGAUCCUUAUGUGCCUGCUGGUCAGGUUGCAUUUCGUGCGAAGAUUGGCAAAAGUUAUCAGCUUCCUCACAAAGGGAUAAUUCCAGAAGAAUUUGGAGUGGUUGCUCGGUAUAAAGGACAAGGGAGGCUAGCUGAGCCAGGAUUCAGAAAUCCAAGAUGGGUUGAUGGUGAACUUGUUAUUCUUGAUGGAAAGUAUAUUAAGGGAGGGCCUGUAGUAGGAUUUGUCUAUUGGGCUCCAGAGUAUCAAUUCCUAGUGUUUUUCAACCGCUUAAGGAUCGAAGAAUAGGUGUUUUUUGUAUAUGGAAGUUGGAUCUGUCUUUUUCCUGAGAUCAAAAGGUGAGAUUAUAGCUGUUUCAUCUGCAAGCUAUGGUGUUAUCAUUCUAUCCUAUUGUUUUCUGCAGCUUUAGGUAAUUAUUUGUAAGAAGCCUUUCAUUCUGGAUUGUGGAGCACAAAGGAUUGUAUUUGUAGCAGGGUACAUUUCCUAUGCUGACAUCACUGACAGACGAUAAGCAAUUUUGGCUGAUGAAUGUAUCUCCUAGGGCUUCAAACUAUACGAGACUUAUCAGCACCUCGGUUUUUUAUGGGUAAAUUUGCCCUGCAAAUGCAUGUAAAUAUACUUGUUUCAGCUCACAAACUUGUGCUAUGGUCUGUAUAUGCUAAUAAAUGUAGCAUGAUUUGUGUUUGUGUAGCUGUAUGCAUGAUUUUUAAAGAUCGGUGCUGUUAGUUCUGCAAUUUCUGUUUCUAGGCUUUGAGAGCUUUGUAUGCUUGUAAAUCUUAGACCAGCAUUUUUUUAGUGACAAGUAUAGUUUGAGACUUAAUACAAGAAUCUUGUUGGUUAAUUGUUAUA